AAAGUUUCAAACAUGGAAUUAGAAAACAAUAACAAGAAGAGUUUAGAUAACUCUACAGCAGUGGUAGCAUUGGAGAAUGCUGCAACUUCAACUUCAACAUCAACUUCACAACAUCAACAACAAGAUAAUGAUGAAUAUUAUGACGAAGAUGGAGAAUAUUAUGAUGACGAUGAAGAUUAUGAUGAUGAUGACGAUUACUUUGACUCUGACGAGGAUGAGGAUGCAAUACUACAUGAACGAUCAGCAUUGGGCAACAAAACAUUACAACCAAAGAAUAAUAUGUUGGAGCAAAAGUAUCAGAACAAGAUCAAUCUCGGUCAAAUGAGACGUAUCAUCGACGACGACUCACAUCGCAGUCUACCAAACACCGUGUCCAACGAAGUGCGCGAGAUCAAAAAGAAGGAUGACAAGCAAGGUAUAAGGAUUGCUGAUAAGGAGAAUAGAGCGACAACUGAACAGGUACUGGACCCAAGGACAAGAUUGAUGUUGUUCAAGAUGAUCAAUAAGGGAGUUAUUAGUGAGAUCAAUGGUUGUGUGAGCACUGGAAAGGAGGCGAAUGUUUAUCAUGCCGUGACGGCUACGGGCGAGGAGAGAGCCAUCAAGGUGUACAAGACAAGUAUCUUGGUGUUCAAGGAUCGUGACAGAUAUGUGACGGGCGAGUUCCGUUUCCGUCGUGGCUACAGCAAGAGCAAUCCGAGAAAGAUGGUCAAGGUGUGGGCCGAGAAGGAGUAUCGUAAUCUGAUGCGUCUGAAGGCUGCCGGCAUCCCCUGUCCGACUCCCCUGGUCCUGCGCAAUCACAUCCUCAUCAUGAACUUUAUUGGAAAGGACGGAUACGCCGCACCCCGUCUAAAGGACGCCGUCGUCUCGGACGAGCGAUACCACGAGCUGUACCUGGACGCCAUCAAACUGAUGCGCACGCUCUACCACAAAUGUCGUCUGGUGCACGCCGAUCUGAGCGAGUACAACAUCCUCUACUACAAGGGUGGUCUGUUCAUCAUCGAUGUGUCACAGUCUGUCGAGCACGAUCAUCCCCACUCACUGGAGUUCCUUCGCAUGGACUGUGUCAACAUGACCGACUUCUUCCGCAAGUCUGGUGUACACACAAUGCUCACUCAAGAGUUGUUUGAGUUUGUUACCGAUCUAUCAAUCAAUGAUGACAAUAUCGAUGAAUAUUUGGAUGCUGUACAAAAGAGGAUCAUGGAUAGAGGUGAUCUGAGUAACGAGGAUAAGAUCAAGGAGGAGGUGUUCAGGAAUGCAUACAUUCCUAGGACACUGGACCAAAUUAUUGAUCUGGAUCGUGACUUGGCCAAAGCAAAGACUGGAGAUGAUAUAUUUUACAACACUAUUAUGGGACUUAGUUCCACAUUGACAAAGACAUUGGAUCAACCAGAGAUCAUUAGAAAUAAUGAAGCUGGAAAUGGCAAUGAUGAUAGUGAAGACGAUGAUGAUAGUGAUGAUGACGACGAUGAUGAUGAUGACGACAGCAGUGAUGAUAGUGAUCAUGAUGAAGUUGAAGAUGGUGAGCCAGGCGCUGAGAAACCAUUACGUCUAGAAGAUAUGGACAAGAAGGACAGAAAGAAGUUGGUCAAAGAGCAGAACAGAGAGCGAAGAAAGACAAAGAUACCAAAGCACAUCAAGAAGUUGACAAAGAAGAAGAAAGCAGAGAAGUUCGGAAAGAAGAAAUAA